CUUCUUCGGCGCCCGCGGUUGUGGACCGCCUCUCUGCUGUGGACCAAUCCGCUUCGGCUUCCUCUAUAAUUUUCUCCAAUCAGAGGAGGAGGGCGGGGAUCCGGACGGCCGUGGGCAGAGCGUGGUUUCUCUCCAGCGCCAGUGUGGGGAUUGCUUCAGAGAGUUUUCUUCCUACCUGUGGAUGUUGCUGCUGACAUGGAGAGGAUUGAGCAGCAGUUUGCUAAUCUACAUAUUGUUAGACGGUCCUCAGAACCAAAAGAGCCCACCUACCUGCUUGGCAUAGACACAUCGAAGACCGUCCAAGCAGAUAAAGGGAGCUUGGUUGCUGUUCUGUGUUCAAAUGCAUCUGUCAGAAUAUAUGAUAAAGAGACACUAAAUCUUCUACGAGAAUUUAAUGGCUCUCCCGGACUUCUUAAUGGAGUCAGAUUUGCGAAUUGCUGUGACAAUGUCUAUUCUGCAGGUACGGAUGGCACUGUCAAAUGCUGGGAUGCUCGGUUAGCUAGUGAAAAGCCCGUGCAGUUGUUCAAAGGUUACCCUUCCAACAUUUUUAUUAGUUUUGAUGUCAACUGCAAAGAUCAUGUCCUUUGUGCGGGUACAGAAAAAGUGGAUGAUGACGCCUUGCUGGUAUUCUGGGAUGCCAGGACCGCGUCUCAGGAUUCAUCUACUAGAGAGCCACUCGGGGCCUACUCAGAGACACACAGUGAUGACAUCACCCAAGUACGUUUCCAUCCCAGCAAUCCCAACAUGGUUGUCUCUGGCUCAACCGAUGGCCUGGUAAAUGUGUUUGAUAUCAGCGUGGAUAACGAAGAAGAUGCGCUGGUUGCGACCUGUAACUCUGUUUCCUCGGUGAGCUGCAUUGGUUGGUCCGGAAGGGAUUAUAAACAAAUUUACUGCAUGACACACGAUGAGGGAUUUUGCUGGUGGGAUCUUAAUCAUUUGGAGACUGAUGAACCAAUCACAUGUUUGAACAUCCAGGAUGUGAGAGAAAUAAGUGAUGGAAAAGAAGGUCCUCUGGACUAUCUGAUCGGCGGCCUAUAUCAUGAAAAGAUGGAUAGAUUGUUUGUUAUUGGAGGAACCAACACGGGAAGGAUUCACGUAAUGAGCUGCACCUCGUCGGGACUGACCCACGUGACUAGCCUUCACGGGGGGCAUGCAGCCACUGUUCGCUCUUUCUGUUGGAACGUGCCCGAGGACUCUUUGCUGACCGGGGGAGAGGAUGCACAGUUGUUGCUUUGGAAACCCGUAGCUGUAGAGAAGACCUUCCCAAAGAAAGACAGCUUGAAGAUAGCCUCCUCCGUGCAGCAGCGAGUUCGCGUCCACAGCACCGGUUCUUACAAGAGGAGGAAACAGCAGUGAUGUCGUGAUGGGGAUUUGCAGGCGCUUCUGGUUUCAAAUCAUUUUUGUUUCCUAUAGCAAAUGUUUUUAAAGCCUACCUGUAAAAGCAGCAAUUAGCAAAGUCCCAGACAAAUAUUGAGAAUGAUUUAAUUUGUGUCCAGACAUAACCUAUAAUAUUUUUAAAGCCUCCAGUUGAGCAUAAAAAUCAGUGACAUGACAGGGAAAUUAUAGGCCUGUAAUUUCCUUUUGAAACCCACCUGUUGAGUUAGUGAGUGUCAAGUUUGGAGAAAUCGCUCUGAAAAGGGCUCUUAGUUAGAUAGAUAGCUGGGGAGACCGUGGCACAGCUGGUUUGGGCUAUGCUUUUUUAAGAUCAAAGAUUUUGCAUUUGAAAUUAUCUUCACUGUCCACACGACAUCAGACUGUUGGGUGGUAUGAGGAGUUUGUGCUUGCUCACUGCACCUACCCCAUCACCUCUGAGCACCGACUCAGCAUCCUAGUGAGUCUAAACAGAAUUUUAUUUUUUUUUAGGAAUGAAGUAUACAUUUUUUUUAAUGAGAAAAAUAUAUUUAGUAACUACUUGCAUCUGUACUUUAAAAACUCUAUUUACACUUAGGUAACUGACACCCAGGUGCUUUGCUGUUGAAAAAGAAAUUAUCUUACUAGAUUCAUUUUAAGGCUUAGAGUAAGAUAAAGAAAUUAAAAUACAACAGCAGGGCUAUUCUAUUUCAAAAUAUUUUUUCAAUAAUAUGAUUAAAUUUCCUUAUUUCACCCAUAAUUUUAAACUUGAAGCUUUUUUUAUUGCCAGUGUGUGUGUGUGUGUGUGUGUGUGUAGAUGACAGGACAAUGUAAGAGUUUUAUCCUUCUACCAUGUUACCAUCUGGGUCCCAGGAAUUAAACCCAAGUCCUUAGGCUUCACAGUAGGUUCCCUUACUUACUGAGACAGUUUGGGGUGGGGUAGCAAUUAUUGCUAAUUUUGUCAUUUUUCCUAUAAAAAUUAUUUUUGUAACAAACUAUAGAAGUUAUCCCUGAAAGUAUAGUCUUGGUGGUGGCAUAAGCCUUUAAUCCCAGCAAUCAAGAGGCAGAGGCAGGUGGAUCUUUGAGUUCCAGCUGAGGCCAGCCUGGUCUACAAGAGCUAGUUCCAAGAGCGGCUCCAAAACUACAGAGAUACAGAGAAACCCUAUCUCAAAAAACAAAGUGUGUGUGUGUGUGUGUGUGUGUGUAUGUGUGUGUACAUACAUAUUUUGUAAAGUGCCUUAAUAAUAGAAAUUAAUAAGGUAAUCCUUUUUUGAGGGUGGGGGUAGAGGUUAAAACGAGGUUUUUUGUGUGGCCCUGGCUGUCCUAGAACUCUCUCUGUAAACCAGAGUGGCCUUGAACUCAGAGAUUUACCUGCCUCUGGCAUCCUAGUGCUGGGAUUAAAGGUUUAUUACUUAUUAUUUUAAAAAAUGUCUAUGUGUAUGUGUGCAUGACAUAUGUAUGCAAGUGUGUGUAGAGGCAGAAGAAGCAAAGCAUGACAGUGGCCAAGACAGACACCCUCGCCAGCGGGAAUCAAGGCUAGGUAGGCAGCAUUGCUGUUUCCUUAGUUCUCUUUGUGCGGAGGUCACCUCCCAUCCCGAAGUGCCGAAGUGGGGAAAGUCUUUCCUCCUUUAAGCCUUCCCAGAAGUGACCUCACAGAUCUGCCCAGAGGUGGGUCUUAGCUGAUUCCAUAAGGUGAUAAAAGUGCGCAGCCUUGAGCAUUAGCCUUUCCUUAGUGUGAACAGAGGGCAAUCACUGUCUGCACCCCCUUUCUGUAGGGUAGCACAUCGGAACAUCUUACUUCUCAAAUAUAACUUGCUGCCUAUCGAGCAACUCUCAACAGCUCUUCCCCUCCAUUUUAAGUGGAUGGAUUUAUGGUAUGCAAAUUAUAUCUCACAGUUGAAAAAAGAUACUACAUGUCUCAGUUACUAGUCUAUUGCUGUGAAAGAAGGAACACCAUGACCAGGACUUUUUGUUGUUGUUGUUUGUUUGAUUUUGGUUGUUUGAGACAGGGUUUCUCUAUAUCUUUGGAGCCUGACCUGGAACUCGUUUUGUAGACCAGGCAGGCCUCGAACUCAGAGAUCCACCAGCCUCUGCCUUCUGAGUACUAGGCUUAAAGGCAUGUGCCACCACCCAGCUGACCAGGACUACUUAUAAAAGAAAACAUUUAAUUUGGGGUUUGCUUACAGUUCCAGAGAGUGAGUCAUGACCGUCAUGGCAAGAAGAAUGGCGGCAGGCAGGCUUGGUCCUGGAGCAGUAGCUGAGAGCUUACACCUUAUCCUCAAGCCUGAGGCAGAGAGGAGACACUGGGCCUAGCAUGGACUUUUGAAAUCUCAACGCUCACCCCAGGUAACACAGUUCCUCCAACAAGGCUACACCUCCUAAUCCUUCCUAAAACAGUGUGAUCAACUAGGGAUCAGGCUUUCAAAUAUAUGAGCCUAUAGGGGCCAUUUCCAUUCAGAUCACCACACUAGGGAAGGCAGGAUUGAGGUAUAAAUCCUGUUGACUGGUAAGAUGAAAUUUAAGACUGUAUUGAUUUCAGAACUAGGUAAACACUGGAAAGGGCUCUACUCUUGUUAAUGUAUGAAUAUCUAUAAUCACAAUGCUAGAUAACUCAGCUCAGUGAAUUUUUGUAUUAAAAGCAUGACCCAGGCUGAAUAGUGGUGGCGCACACCUUUAAUUCUGGUGCUCGGGAGGCAGAGGCAGGUGGAUCUCUGAGUUUGAGGCCAGCCUGAUCUACAAAGUGAGUUCCAGUACAGCCAGAGCUAUUAUACAGAGAAAUCCUGUUUCAAAAAAAAAAAGAAAAGAAAAAGCAAAAGACAAAACCGUGACCCAAUAUAUUUAUCUCAAGAAUGUCAGGAUAACUUAACAGUAGAAAGUCAAUGGCAAUGGUGGACAUAAAAGACGGAAAUCAAAGUGCUCUUAAUUAAUACAGAGAAACCUUCGUGCAUCUUAAUAUUUUUCAGUUUCACAUUUAUUUAUAAAAAUAUAAGCAUCACAUAAGGAAUAAAAUACUGAAUGGGAAAGGUACAGUAUUAGGCAGAAUGCUAUUUUUCUGUCAUAAAACAGAAAUCCAGUCUUUUGCAGCAGCAUGGAUGGAACUGAAGAGCAGUAUGUCGAGUGAAAUAAGGACCAGAAAUGCAUCACAUGGACCUAGGAGGACUCGAAAUCCAUCUGCCUCUGAAGCCCGAGAUGAGAACGGUGGAUUCCAGAGGCUGCAGAGUUGAUGGAUGAGUACCAGGUUACAGUUAGAAACAAGUUGUUCUAGUGUGCUAUUCCAUAACAGAGUCAUUCAAAAGGUAGAAGAGGGCCUGGAGAAAUUACUUGGAGCUGAAGAACAUUGGCCGCUCUUCCAGAGGUCCUGAGUUCAAUUCCCUGCACCCACACGGCAGUUCACAGCCAUCUAUAACUCCAGAUCCAAGAUAUCAGGUGCACUCUUAUGGUCCCCAUGGGCACCAGGCAAGUGUGUGUUGCACAAACAUCCAUACAGGCAAAAUACCCAUACAUAUAAAAUACAUAUUAAAAAGUUGUAAGAGAGUUGGCACAAUGGCUCAGCAGGUAAAGGGAUUUGCCAUCAAGCCUGACAACCUAAGUUCUAUUUUUAGGACCUUCAUCAUGUAUGGGAGAACUAACUUCCUGACAUCUACCAAGCAUCUUAAUGUCCACGUGCACACAAAAAAAUAAAUCAUUUUUAAAAAGUAGAAGAGCUCUUAACCACUGGGCCAUUUCUCCAAACUCUCCUGCUUGCUUUUCUAUGAGGUACACUUUAUGUUUUCUAUUUGUCUGAACUAAAACUUCUGUUUAAGAAAUUAAGCCCCCCCAAACAAACAAGCAAACAGGAGUGAAGGGAGAGGAGGAGUCUAAGUACCUACCCUGCAGCAGUACUAGUCUCUUUCAGAACUUUUCAGAUGAUCCCUAGAAGCAGGUGCCAAUUGAGAAAACUAGAGCCUGGAAAGGUCAAGUUGAUUUUUUAUUUUAGGGACAGGCUAGCCCAAAGAUCAAUAUUUUAGCAAAGGAGGACCUUGAACUCUCGAUCCUCUAGCUCACACCUCUGGUGUUAGGAUUACAGGCAUUCACCACCAUUCCCAGUCUUGAGGGUUGCUGGGAAGUGAAUCCAGGGCUUUGAGCAUGCCUAAUAAACACUGAAUCAAAUGAGCUACAUCCUAAACGUUUUUGUGUAUGUAUGUGCAUGCGUGUAUGUAUAGGAGCUUAAAUGUGUAUUGGAUAUCAUGAGGCAGGGUCGCUCACUGAACCUAGAGCUUCCCAAUUCAGCUAGAGGGGCUGGUUAGCAACUUCAAUACCCCUAUCUCCACCUCCCUGGUGCUGGGGUUACAGAUGUAUGCUCCAUAACAAACUCUAACCACUGAGCCAUGUCUUCACUUGAUGAAGUCCAACAUAGCCAGUUUGCCUUACACAGGCUAUGAAAAUUCCACUACUGGGCUACCUCCCUGAUCUUUUCUUUUUUCCUUUCUUUUAUUGUGGGCAGUUUCUCUUUCCCCGUUUGCUAGACUGCUCUUUGGUGCACAUCUAGCCACCACCAGUCUUUCUUUUUUCUUAAUACUUUGAUGUUAAAUUGUGGAUAUUUUGAUGAAGAAAAUCUUAUGAUGGCACUUUGAUAUAUUGUAAAAUAACCAUGUCCUCUUCUACAUCCUCAAAUCACUUACAUAGGAUCACCAAGAAUAAAUACUUCUUACAACUAGUUUCUUAAAAUAAAAUAUAUCUGCUGUCUCAAAACCUGUAAUAUCUCAUUGCCAUCUGUCCAAUCACUUGUCAGCUAACCACAGCUUACUAUAAGAAUAAAUUACAUAGCUAGAAGAGAUAAUGUUCUCACCACAAAGAACGAUAAAUGUUUGAGGUGAUGAAUAUGCUAAUUAUUCCGGUUUGAUCAUUAA